AUGGUUAGAGUUGCUAUUAACGGUUUCGGUAGAAUCGGUAGAUUGGUCAUGAGAAUUGCUUUGCAAAGAAAGAACGUCGAAGUUGUUGCUUUGAACGAUCCUUUCAUCACCAACGACUACGCUGCUUACAUGUUCAAGUACGACUCCACCCACGGUAGAUACGCUGGUGAAGUUUCCCACGAUGACAAGCACAUCAUUGUCGAUGGUAACAAGAUUGCUACUUUCCAAGAAAGAGACCCAGCUAACUUGCCAUGGGGCUCUCUAAAGAUUGACAUCGCCAUUGACUCCACUGGUGUUUUCAAGGAAUUGGACACUGCUCAAAAGCACAUUGAUGCUGGUGCCAAGAAGGUUGUCAUCACUGCUCCAUCUUCCACCGCCCCAAUGUUCGUCAUGGGUGUUAACGAAGACAAAUACACUUCUGACUUGAAGAUUGUUUCCAACGCUUCUUGUACCACCAACUGUUUGGCUCCAUUGGCCAAGGUUAUCAACGAUGCUUUCGGUAUUGAAGAAGGUUUGAUGACCACUGUCCACUCCAUGACCGCCACUCAAAAGACUGUCGAUGGUCCAUCCCACAAGGACUGGAGAGGUGGUAGAACCGCUUCCGGUAACAUCAUCCCAUCCUCUACUGGUGCUGCCAAGGCUGUCGGUAAGGUCUUGCCUGAAUUGCAAGGUAAGUUGACCGGUAUGGCUUUCAGAGUCCCAACCGUCGAUGUCUCCGUUGUCGACUUGACUGUCAAGUUGAACAAGGAAACCACCUACGAUGAAAUCAAGAAGGUUGUCAAGGCUGCCGCUGAUGGUAAGUUGAAGGGUGUCUUGGGUUACACUGAAGACGCUGUUGUCUCCUCUGACUUCUUGGGUGACUCUAACUCUUCCAUCUUCGAUGCUGCCGCUGGUAUCCAAUUGUCUCCAAAGUUCGUCAAGUUGGUCUCAUGGUACGAUAACGAAUACGGUUACUCUACCAGAGUUGUCGACUUGGUUGAACACGUUGCCAAGGCUUAA